UUUUUCAUUAUAUUACACAUUAUUAAGAACUGUUUAUUUUCUCAUAAUACUACAUACACAAUAAUAAAAUGAGCGGGAGAACUAAACAAAGGAAAUGUAAUCGUGUGGGGGGUGCAAACUUUCAAACAUGAGGCGAGAGGAGGGACUUUCAUUUGGAAGUCUUUGAUUGGCUCUUUCAGGCCCGUCAAUCUUACAACUGUCCAAUGAAAUCAUUGAAUGUGUUUGACCAAUGAAAAUACGCCAUCAGAGACGCGCUUCAUCUCCUCACAGAAUUAGCAUAGAGGAGGGAAUAAAUACUUCUGUGAGCGGAAUAAGAAUCAUUAUUCUGAGUUUGUUCUUCAGAUCAUCAUGCCUGAACCAGCCAAAUCCGCCCCGAAGAAGGGAUCCAAGAAGGCUGUCUCAAAGACCGCCGGUAAGGGAGGAAAGAAGCGCAGAAAGUCCAGGAAGGAGAGUUACGCUAUCUACGUGUAUAAAGUCCUGAAACAGGUUCAUCCUGAUACCGGGAUCUCUUCCAAGGCGAUGGGAAUCAUGAACUCUUUCGUCAACGACAUCUUCGAGCGCAUCGGCGGUGAAGCGUCUCGUCUCGCUCACUACAACAAGCGCUCCACCAUCACAUCGAGAGAGAUCCAGACCGCCGUGCGUCUGCUGCUGCCCGGUGAACUGGCCAAACACGCCGUGUCUGAGGGCACAAAGGCCGUCACCAAAUACACCAGCUCCAAGUAGAAGAACAUCCGGUUUAUUCAACCAACACAAAGGCUCUUUUAAGAGCCACCCAUGUUCUCAGUGAAAGAGUUUUCUGCAGAAAGUGUUUGUCCUUUAUAAAGUAAAUCAAGGUUGUGUAGUGUCUGUAAAAUCAAGCUUUUAGAAUCAACAAUACUUUAAACAAACACGUUGAAAAUGGGUUCAUUACUCCAAGCUAAAUUUACUGCCAUCUGGUGAUCAGACUCGCAAAUGAGAAACCGCUGUGGCCGUUUCAUGUUUUCUCCAUUAAAUAAGUAAUAUGGAACGGAAUACCUACAUUGAGGAUAUUUUCGAGUAUGAUCAACACAAAAUUAUUUAUUUUCAUUGUGGAAGUAAAUUGAGAAGAUUAACUACUUUAUACAAGUAAUGCAUUAUUUUAAGUGUGAACGUUGCUAAGGUAAGAAAUGUAUUUUCAUCAUUUUACACAAUGUUUUGUCUGUCUAUCAUUGAAUAACACUUUCGAUUUUAAUUGUUUAACCUUCAGUGUUUUAAAAACAUUACAUUUUGUAAUUAAAACUGUUUGUGCACUGCCCAGUUUUCAUUGAGGCAGCCAGUAACUGAGGUAAAUGUAGAUAAUUUCAGUUGUUGUUGCAGUUAAUGUGGCUAGUGUAUUUUAAAAGAGAUGGAAAAUGGCAGUCCUGAUGUUAAAGAGCAUAUGAAUGGGCCAGUGCCAGAGUGUUUCUCAAGACAAGUUUGUCAAUUUAAAGUGUUUGCUAUUGAUGAUAUAGUAGUGAAGCCAAAAGAGAAUGUUUUAGUCCAAAACAUUGAGGAUAAAGGAAUUGUGUACAUUGUGGGGAAAUUAAUAUAAAAGAUUUGCAAAUAAUCAUAUUUCUUGAAAUAAUUACAAAUGUUCUUGCAUCUAACAACUCUUUACCUGAGGAAGACGACGACAAUCAUGAGAUGGAAACCUGAAAGAAACAAAGUCAUGAAAAGUACGGGAUUCAUUGGCUAAUGCUCCAAAGAGCCCUAGUCAGCACAACACUCUUGCAUUAGAUCCAGAGAGGCACAACAGACCCGUAAGGUGAAUACAAAGGACAUAUAGAAAUUAACUCAAAGAUAGGAAUAUUUAAUCUGCAUAUAUUGGUGAAUUUUAUUUUUGUAGGGCGACGUUUUCAAGAAUCCAUUUGACGCGUGGAUCUUUGGGGUGUCUUCAUGCGCAGUCUUCCGCUGAACCCAAAUAGGUGUAGAAAUACACUGUCCCUGCACCCAAAGGUUUAUGGCACAUAGAUGGUAACCAUAAGCUAAUAUGCAAGACAAGUUUCCCUUAGGGGACAAUAAACUGAACCUAACCUAAUAAGGUAUGCUGACAACAAUAUAAAUGAUUGAAGCUUUAAUCAUGGUCAGCUGGAUGUGUUUUCCUAUAUCAGACUGAAGAGGAAAGGUCUGUAUACAGCAAAAGGCGGCAAGACUAAAUAUGCUGAUUAUACUGUACAUUUUCAUACCCCUUAUAUUUCAUUUUUUUAAAAUUGUAGCCAUAGUGUAAAGUUUAACUGGUAAGCAUUCACAUACGUUCAAUAAGAGGAUAACAUGUAAGACUAUGCAGGAAAUUGGAAAGAUAGUAUUCACUUGGAACACAAUAAAGACAGACAUUGUUUUAAAGACGCUGAAUACAUGGACACUUUCUGCACACAUUAAUACGUGCUCACUCCUGUUACCAAGCCACCUCUGGCUUUUUUGGAAAGUCAUUACAAAUAUCUACUCUGAAAUCUUUAAUUUUGGCUUUAAAAAUGUACUCAAAAUUACAAAUACUUUUACUGUGUAUGUGUGUAUGUUCUAUUUAUCUGUAUUGUAGAUGUCUUACAAAAUGUUCAAAUCUUCAAUUACAGUUCAGGUUAUGGAAACCCCAUUUCAGGCUCAACAUUGUACAUUUUGUCUAGGUUCUUGUUUCCAGGUUAAAUAUUUCAGUACUUUUACUGUGUUAGGAUCGAAAGUUUGUGGAGAGAUGUUUAUGCUUAUAUGUUUAUCUCUUCUGUACAAUCUCCACCAACAUUGAGAAUAAAGGGCUUCUGAACCCAGAUGAUGAAAUGCAUCUCUACGCGCUCAACCGAUGCUUCAUGCCACAUGUACAGAAACACCUUCAGUUCUUUCAGGAUGGCUGGAACCCCAACAAGUUGCGGAUCGAAUGAAACCGGUCACCAAUACAGCUCUGGGAAAGUCAUCAACCUGAGGCAUAGCAAGACCCUAACCAGGAUCAGCAAGGUCUGCUAUGAGUGUAAGGACUCGGGGGUUCACUGGGAGCUGUUUUUUGUUUUUCCUCGAUUCAACUUUGGUGCCCCUCUCUGGGUUUAAGCUGAAGAAGCACCUUAAAAAGAGAAUUGAAUGACUGAAUUUGUUGCUCAUCACUCUAAAAAAUGCUGGGUUAUUUUUUUAACCCAACCGCUGGGUUGAGACUGUUGGGUCAUUUUAUUGGGUUAUUUUCUCAAUGUUGGGUAGUUUAUGUAACCCAACUCUGUGUUACCGGUUGUGACCAUUGAAACAGUGAACUCACCCCUCCCAUCGACGCCUCAAACAAGGCUUCAGACCAACAACUCUACCUUCGCGGGUAUUUUGGAUCACCUCAGAAGAUCGUUUUUCAGCAAGGACAGCUGUUAUUCGGCGAAAAAAGAUGAACAAAUUGAUGAAGAAACCCUCCUGCUGCUUUGAGGUCUGACAAUAGACCUCUGACUUCUCACAGUCAGCCUUUCGAGGAGGAAGAUAAUGCUGCCGAAGAUAAUGCUGCUGAUGACAUAGAAUGGGAUGAGUUAGAGCAGAACACUAUCACAGAUAGAGUGGCCAUGUUUCUAUCAAAGUUGAAGGCAAAAUCAUCUAUGACCCUAUCUACUGUCAACUUUGUAGUUCAGCAAACAUCUAGUCUGGUCUUUGAUAUUGUUAGUGCUUUACAAAGACAGACAAUGUCUUUCUUGGAAAGGAUUGGCCAAAGUGAGACCCCUGAAGGCCAACAGCUGAAUCAGCAAUUUGCAAAUGCAGCUAAACCUUUUCAAUGCUUGGAUACUGAACACAAGCAGAUGAAAUACUUUGUUCAAACUGGGUACCUAGUUCAGCCAGUGGUGCAGCCUCUCCCUGGUGUCUCGUACACACAACAAAGGGACUCACAGACAGGAACUGUAAAACAGGUGGCAGUGCAGGAUACUUUCCAAAGGAUUCCUUUACGUCCACUGCUGAAAAUCAUUCUUGAGAGUCCAGGGACGAUGGAGAAGAUAAUGGAGUGGAAAAGGAAGCUUAGUGACUCAAACAGUCUGGGUGACACCACUGUGUUGAAAAUAAGUUCUGUUUUCCCCACUGAGCCCUCUGUUCCUCUUCUGCUGUAUAAUGACGACUGUGAAAUGAUUUCACAAGCCUUCUCUAUAUUAUUCCCCGACCAUGCAGAGAGACUUUGUCAAAAUUGGAAAUUGAGUUUCAAAGACAAAAUCCUUCACUUCGCCAGCCAGGAGAAAAAGGCUCAGGAGCUUCUCCACAAUGUAGAAAAUUUGUCUCCAGAAGUCCAAAGUGACAUUGCACUCAGGCUGCUACCUAUGAUACUGCCCACCCCUGUCUACAAAAACGGGAUGAAAAUGUUCAAACCAAGCUUGGAAGAAAAUAUCAAGUCUUUCAUUGAAUUCAAGAAUAUUGGGACCAACAUAGUUGAAUACUUGCAGGUGGCUGGGCUCACUAAACCCUUCCCCUUCGUCCUUGGUCUUGGGGAUGACAGUCAGUGCCAUCAGGCCUUUGUAAUUAUUGGCAAACAGGCACUACAGCAAAACACUCUCCUUGGUGCUGUGGACACAUGCUUUAAACUUUUUUAUGUUUUGGACAUCCAUUUCCCAAAGCAGUGCGCACCAGUGUGGGAAUUUUUGCAGACUGUUGUCUACAAACUCCCAGGAACAGAAUCCCCUUCAGUAAGACUGCUCCGUGGAUAUUUGUCAUGUUAAGCAGUACUGGAACCAAAACAACUAACCCUCUCUAAAAUGUUAUGAGUUUAUAUGAAGAGGAAAAUUGUCAGACUGAUGAAUAUAUCUAAAGCAUUUUACUUGUGCCACUUUGUUAACCUUAAUCUCUAAAAAGCUAUGAGUUUAAAUUAAGUUUAAACUAAAAGUUUAAGUGUCAAACUAAUUUAUAAAGCACUUGUGCCACUUUGAUAACCAAUGUUAAAAGUGAAGCUAAUGUAAUUUAAUGUUAAAAGUGAAGCUAAUGUAAUUUAAUGUUAAAAGUGAAGCUAAUGUAAUUUAAUGUUAAAAGUGAAGCUAAUGUAAUUUAAUGUUAAAAGUGAAGCUAAUGUAAUUUAAUGUUAAAAGUGAAGCUAAUGUAAUUUAUUGAUGUUAUUUAUUUUUUAAAUAUUUUUCAUUAUUUAUUUAUUAAAUAUUUUUUAAAUAUUUCUAAACAAAUUGGAAUGAAAUGUUUUAUAUGCUGUUUUAUUGUUCAUUGAGCAUGAAAAAUUGCCUUUUUUCUAUGAAUUUCUUUUUAUAUUACAUUUGGAUGUUCUUUCUUAUUAAUAAAUCUUCUCCUUUUGAUUAUUACUGUUUCCUCUGGUAAUUCUCUGCACUCAGUAUUUUCAAACCUAUUUCAGGUUUGUUUUUAACCAGCAAUGUAGUAAUUUUUAAUCAAUAGUUGAGUUCAAUUAAACAACCCAGCAUGUUGGGUCAAAGAUUUAACCCAACCAACUGGGUUAAAAUAACCCACCGCUGGGUUAGUCCAUAUUUGACCCAGCGUUGGGUUGCCAAAAUAACCCACAUUGGGUUGUUUUAACCCAGCAAUUUUUUAGAGUGUAUACACUGAUUAAAGCAUUAGUUUAAAAAAAUCUGAGCGCUUU